AUGAGAUUAGGAGGAAGCAACAGGUGUGUUUUUACUGGAGAUACUGACAGGUCACUGUGUCAGUCUGCUAGAGGAGCUUACAGAGUGAGAGACAAAGAGAGAAAGAGAGACAGGGGGAAAGUGAGCGGAAGGGACAGCGAGAGAGAGAGAGGAAGAGAGAGAGAGAGAGGGAGAGGGAGAGAGAGACGGACAGACACAGUCGGGGAGAGACCGGGAGUGUGCGAGAGAAACUGCAAAGGAGAGACACCGAAAUUGAGAAUUGGACAGUACCACCAGAGAGACGUGAUGGAACCCAUUGGUGAUGUUCUCCACCUGUUAGUCAUCCUGUCCUUGUUGGAGAAAGGCAAUGCCAAAGUGGGAGACUUCAAAGCAGCAGGAGCUACAGCACCAGGAGAUAUCAUCAUUGGAGGGCUGUUUGCCAUCCAUGAGGGAGUAGAGGAAUCCGUCAACCUCUCAGCACCCCAUGCAUCACAGUGUGCCAGGUUCAACAUGGACGGGUUUACCCAGGCAUUGGCUAUGAUCCACGCUGUAGAGUCGGCCAACAGAUCCCCUGUCCUGACUACACUAGGGAUCUCUCUGGGGUACCGUAUCCACGACUCCUGCUCUGAUGUCACCACCGCUCUGAGGGCCUCAGCUGACUUCACACAGGAGCCCACCACGGACUGUGGGGGAGGGGCCAACACCUCUAACUCUUCCCCGCCGAUUAUGGCCGUCAUUGGGGCCUCUUCCUCUGAGAUUUCCAUCUCCGUUGCCCGGCAACUCAAUCUAGAGCUCAUCCCUCAAAUCAGUUACGCCUCCACCGCCAUCAUCCUGAGUGACAAGAAACGUUUCCCUACUUUCCUGAGGACCGUACCUAGCGACCUGUACCAGACACGGGCCAUGGUCCAGUUGCUUAGCGACAGCAAAUGGACCUGGGUGGGCGUGGUCACAACAGAUGGAGACUACGGCCGUUCUGCCCUGGACAGCUUCUUCUCCCAGGCAACCGCCUCAGGCAUCUGUGUGGCCUUCAAGGAGAUCCUCCCUAAUUCGCUAACCAGGCCUGACGGUGAAUCAGCAGUCAGACAAGUCGCCGCCACCCUCCGCCGGAACCCCAAUGUCAAGGUGGUGGUGUCAUUCGCCAAGCCUACUCAGAUGAUGUACCUAUACCAGGAGCUGAGGGGUCUGGGGUCAGGGCUGGGAGAGAGGGUGUGGGUGGCCAGUGACAGCUGGUCCUCGUCCAAGGAGGUCCUGGGAAAGAUGGACCUCCCAGAUAUUGGUCAUGUGGUGGGCUUCACCUUCAAAACAGGGAACCUGGCUCAUUUCCAUCACUACCUGAUGAAUCUGAGUGACAGCAAUGAUGUCAUAGGAAACAACUCCUUCCUAAAGGAGUUCUACUCCCUGCCAAACGGGUCGGGAGACCCCAAGGUUGUGUCCUCCUCCACAGCCGCAGCAGAGAUCCUGUUAAACAACAGCUAUGCGAACGUAGUCUUCAAUGUGGAGAUGGCUGUCAGUGCCAUCGCCCAUGCAGUGGCUAAUAUCUGCAGCAAAAAGGACUGCAAGACACCAGGCAAUGUCCAACCCUGGCAGGUGCUUGAAGCCCUGAGACGGAGUCAGUUUGAGCUGGAGGGGAAAAGCUACAUGUUUGACCAGAAAGGAGACAUCAACAUGGGCUAUGAUGUAACCCUGUGGAGGUCUGUGAGAGGGGUCAUCAACAUCCAUGACGUUGUAGCUGAGUACCAUCCAAUCAACAACAGCUUCAGCUACACCAGCGGAAACACACAAAAUAUCACUAACCUGAGGGAUGUGGUGUCUGUGUGCUCAGCAAGCUGUGAACCUGGGAAGUUCAAGAAGACUGUGGAGGGUCAGCACACCUGCUGCUAUGAAUGCAUCAACUGCACUGAGAACCACUACUCCAACAACACUGACAUGGAUCAGUGUCUCUCUUGUGAUACAAAGAGAGAGUGGUCCCUGGAAGGGAGCUCUGGGUGCACCCAUAAGACCCUGGAGUUCUUCUCCUGGCAGGAUGGUUUCGCGGUGGUGCUGCUGGUGCUGUCUGCCCUUGGCAUUGUCCUAGUUCUCCUGGUGGGGGCGCUCUUCCUGCACCACCACCAGACCCCCGUUGUGAAGGCUGCCGGGGGUCCUCUCUCCCAGAUCAUCCUGCUCUCCCUAGUGGGAAGUUUUGUUAGUGCUGUGUUCUUUGUAGGUCAUCCCAGCAGCCUACAGUGUAAGGUGCGUCAGGUGCUGUUUGGACUCAGUUUCACCCUGUGUGUUUCCUGCAUCCUGGUCAAGUCCCUGAAGAUCCUGCUGGCCUUCCAGCUCAACCCUGACCUGAAGGACAUUCUCCGCCUCCUCUACCAACCCUAUGCCAUCAUGUGUCUCUGUGUGGCCCUACAGGUCCUCACCUGCACCCUGUGGCUGGUCCUGCAGAGCCCUCGGGAGAAGGCCACCGUCUUCGCCACCACUGUGCUGGCCGAGUGUGACGAGGGCUCCAACGUGGCGUUUGGCGUGAUGCUGGGCUACAUCGCUGUCCUGGCGCUUGUCUGUUUCGCCUGUGCGUUUAAAGGCCGCAAGCUGCCACAGAAGUACAACGAGGCCAGGUUCAUCACCUUCAGCAUGCUCCUCUACCUCAUGUCCUGGGUAAUGUUCGUGCCCGUCUAUGUGACCACCUCGGGGAAGUACCUGCCAGCAGUGGAGAUGGUGGUCAUCCUCAUCUCCAACUAUGGUGUCCUCAGCUGUCAUUUCUUCCCCAAGUGCUACGUCAUCCUCUUCAAGAAGGAGCACAACACCAAGAGUGCCUUCAUGAAGAACGUGUUUGAGUAUUCCAGAAAGGGCAUUACUGACUCUAGCUCUGUCUCUGAGACUUCAGUCUCUCAGACAGAAGGGAAGUGCAUCAGUAACUCUUAUUCCAUCAGUUCACCUUCCUUCUUCAUGUCUACUACACCAAUAGAACCCACAGCACCUCAGAACUGCUGGUCCGUUGGCCAGGACAUUCAGAGCAUUGACCCCGCAACCCAUUGCACCAUCAUAGACCAUGGAGUGUUUGUCACAGGUCAGCUGACUCGACCACACCGUCUGAGGAGAAGCAUGAGCCUAUGAGUGGAGUGGACCAGUGUCUGGAACGUUUACAUCUUACAGUACAUCACACUGUGUGUCUCUGUGAUCCUCUCUUUGGUUUGACUGUUCCCAUUUCCUCAGUCUACUGGUAUGUUUUUUACCCAAGUGGGUUGUGGAUUUUACAUUCAAGGCAAUUUAGGUAACACUUUAUUUGACACUGAUAUGGACAUGAUAAACAGGCAUAAAUUCUGUCAAACAGUGUCAUGUUAAUCCAGGGGAGCAACUUAGGUUUUAUAAAUGGGGGGUACGUAAUAUAUAUAUACACUCCCGGUCAAAAGUUUUCAAACAACUAAUCAUUCAAGGGUUUUUCUUUAUUUUUACUGUUUUCUACAUUGUAGACUAACAGUGAAAACAUCAAAAUUAUGAAAUAACACAUUUAAUAAUUGCAUUUCAAUGAACAGGUGUGCUUUAUUAAAAGUUCAUUUGUGGAAUUUGUUUCCUUCUCAAUGCGUUUGAGCCAAUCAGUUGUGUUGUGACAAGGUAGGAGCGGUAUACAGAAGAUAGCCCUAUUUGGUAAAAGACCAAGUACAUAUUAUGGCAAGAACAGCUCAAAUAAGCAAAGAGAAACGACAAUCCAUCAUUACUUUAAAACUUGUUAAUGGUACAGGUUCCCCAAGGGGUACCACCCCCCCCGCUCAAAACUCAAACGGUGGCGCACAGAAUGCAAAAAUAUUCUUAGAAAUAUUUAACCUCCACACAUUAACAAGUCCAAUAGCUCAAAUGAAAGAUAAACACCUUGUUCAUCUACCCAGCGAGUCAGAUUUCUAAAAUGUUUUACGGCAAAAACAUAGCACAUAUUUAUGUCAAACCACCACAAAGACACAGACGAUAUGCAGCCAUUUUGUCGAACAAAAGAUGCAAUCACAAACGCAGGAUUAAAAGAAAAAUAAUUCACUAACCUUUUGAAAAUCUUCACCAGAUGACAGUAAUAGGACAUGUUACACAGUACAUUUAUGUUUUUUUCAAUAAUAUGCAAUUUAUAUCCAUAAAUCUCCGUUUACAUUGACGCCAUGUUCAGAAAAUCCUCAAAAAUGUCAGGGAAAUUAUAGAUAGCUCCGCCAGAUAACAGAAAUACACAUCAUAAACUUUGACUAAAUAUACAUGUUCUACAUACAGUGCCUUGCGAAAGUAUUCGGCCCCUUGAACUUUGCGGCCUUUUGCCACAUUUCAGGCUUCAAACAUAAAGAUAUAAAACUGUAUUUUUUUGUGAAGAAUCAACAACAAGUGGGACACAAUCAUGAAGUGGAACGACAUUUAUUGGAUAUUUCAAACUUUUUUAACAAAUCAGAAACUGAAAAAUUGGGGCGUGCAAAAUUAUUCAGUCCCCUUAAGUUAAUACUUUGUAGCGCCACCUUUUGCUGCGAUUACAGCUGUAAGUCGCUUGGGGUAUGUCUCUAUCAGUUUUGCACAUCGAGAGACCAAUUUUUUUCCCAUUCCUCCUUGCAAAACAGCUCGAGCUCAGUGAGGUUGGAUGGAGAGCAUUUGUGAACAGCAGUUUUCAGUUCUUUCCACAGAUUCUCGAUUGGAUUCAGGUCUGGACUUUGACUUGGCCAUUCUAACACCUGGAUAUGUUUAUUUUUGAACCAUUCCAUUGUAGAUUUUUCUUUAUGUUUUGGAUCAUUGUCUUGUUGGAAGACAAAUCUCUGUCCCAGUCUCAGGUCUUUUGCAGACUCCAUCAGGUUUUCUUCCAGAAUGGUCCUGUAUUUGGCUCCAUCCAUCUUCCCAUCAAUUUUAACCAUCUUUCCUGUCCCUGCUGAAGAAAAGCAGACCCAAACCAUGAUGCUGCCACCACCAUGUUUGACAGUGGGUAUGGUGUGUUCAGGGUGAUGAGAUGUGUUGCUUUUACGCCAAACACAACAUUUUGCAUUGUUGCCAAAAAGUUCAAUUUUGGUUUCAUCUGACCAGAGCACCUUCUUCCACAUGUUUGGUGUCCACAUGUUUCCACUUCAUGAUUGUGUCCCACUUGUUGUUGAUUCUUCACAAAAAAAUACAGUUUUAUAUCUUUGUGUUUGAA